CUCUCGCUGCAGUCCUGGGGACCCGCACUCGGCGCAGGGAUGGCGGCGGCGAGAAUACGGGUGGCGAAGGAGCUGGAGCAGCUUCAGGAGAAUCUCCCCCCAUACCUGCGGAACUUGACCGAAGACGACGCCAACAUCUUAGAGUGGCACAUGCUCCUUCUGCCCGAGCGAUCACCCUACAAUCUCAAGGCCUUUGGCCUAUGCCUCAGUUUCCCCAAUGACUAUCCCUUCAAGCCACCCAAGGUGACAUUCACCACCCAGAUCUACCAUCCCAGUGUAGACCCUGACGGACAAGUUUGCCUGUCCAUCAUCAGCCGCGAGAACUGGAAGGUUUGCACUAAGGCCUGUAAAGUCCUGAUGUUCCUCAAUGAGCUGGUAAAUAACCCUGAGCAGGGGGAUCCCAUGCGGUGUAACCUUGCCCAAGAACUGGCAGAGAAUCCUGACCUGUUCAACGAGAAUGCCAAAAAGCACACCCUCCAGUUUGGAGUGGAACGGCCCUCCUGAUUCUUCCUCUGACCCCUCUCUGCUCUGGUCCCUCUUCUCUUUCCGUGGUGGAUGGCCGUGCCUUACAGACCAGGGGAGGGGGGUACAGAGCUCACUUUUUGUGCUCCAUUCCCUAAGAAGGUUGUGUGUGCACGCACACACACACAUGUGCAUGUGCUGUGAUGGGGGUCUGGGGUAUGUGUGUCUUGUGUGGACCCACUUCCAGGUGCAUCUGGCCAUCUGUGUGUUUUCCUCACUCCCUGCUCCAGAGCCGGGGGGUUUAGGUUUGCAGCUCUCCGGCACGGUAAUCCAGGUCUCACUAAUUGCUCCAUUUAGAGAGACAGGUCACCUGCAGCCCAGCUUGCAGAUGAGCCCAGCUGCCAACCCGAAUCAGGGCUCCAGCAUCAGGGGUGGAGGGGCAGUGGGGAGUACAGGUGGGCACGUGGAGGAGUCAUAUUUAUAAUUGAGGGCCUCCCAGGUGGCUCAAGGGGUUAAGACAACCUAUGAAGCUAUCCACAGCCACUGCAGCACGAGUUCAAUCCCCACAUGGCACAGCAGUCCUCUCCUGUCUCUCCUGCUCCUCCUCUCAGCAGUGUACUUCAGUCAGUCUGCCUGUCCUGCUCCCCACUCUGUCUCUGGUGAAUCCUUUCACUCCUCACACCUCUGGCCUGUACCCCAGCUCUUAUAGGCAUAAAUAAAUAAAUCUUUAAAAAUAUUUAUAAUUGAGGGCUU